AUGGGCUGGCUUUUUCUGAAGGUUCUGUUCCUGGGGGUGACUUUCUUGGGAUGCCUUUAUCCCCUUGUGGAUUUUUGCCCCAGUGGGGAAACAAGAGGCCAGAAGCCAAAUUUUGUGAUCAUUUUGGCAGAUGACAUGGGGUGGGGUGACCUGGGAGCAAACUGGGCAGAAACGAAGGACACCGCCAACCUUGAUAAGAUGGCUGCAGAAGGAAUGAGGUUUGUGGACUUCCACGCAGCUGCCUCCACCUGCUCGCCCUCUCGGGCCUCCCUGCUCACCGGCCGGCUGGGCCUCCGCAACGGAGUCACGCACAACUUUGCGGUCACCUCUGUGGGGGGCCUUCCGCUCAACGAGACCACCUUGGCUGAGGUGCUGCAGCAAGCCGGCUACGUCACGGGGAUGAUAGGCAAAUGGCACCUCGGGCACCAUGGCCCUUAUCACCCCAACUUCCGUGGUUUUGAUUACUACUUUGGAAUCCCAUACAGCCAUGAUAUGGGCUGCACUGAUACCCCGGGCUACAACCACCCUCCUUGUCCAGCGUGUCCACGGGGCGACAGACCAUCAAGAAGCCUUGAGAGGGACUGUUACACGGAUGUGGCCCUUCCUCUGUAUGAAAACCUCAACAUCGUGGAGCAGCCCGUGAACCUGAGCAGCCUGGCACACAAAUAUGCUGAGAAAGCUAUCCAGUUCAUCCAGCAUGCAAGCGCCAGCGGAAGGCCCUUCCUGCUGUACAUGGGCCUGGCUCACAUGCACGUGCCCAUAUCCAGGACCCAGCUCUCAGCAGUCCUACGGGGUCGAAGGCCAUACGGUGCAGGUCUCCGGGAGAUGGACAGCCUGGUGGGCCAGAUCAAGGACAAAGUUGACCGCACAGCCAAAGAGAACACAUUCCUCUGGUUCACAGGAGACAAUGGCCCGUGGGCUCAGAAGUGUGAGCUGGCAGGUAGCGUGGGUCCCUUCACUGGAUUGUGGCAAACUCAUCAAGGGGGCAGUCCAGCCAAGCAGACCACCUGGGAAGGAGGCCACCGCGUCCCGGCUCUGGCUUACUGGCCUGGGAGAGUUCCCGUCAAUGUCACCAGCACUGCCCUGUUAAGUGUGCUGGACAUCUUCCCCACCGUGGUAGCUCUGGCUGGGGCCAGCCUGCCCCAGGACCGACACUUUGACGGUUUGGAUGCCUCCGAGGUGCUCUUUGGCUGGUCGCAGACUGGGCACAGGGUGCUGUUUCACCCCAACAGCGGGGCUGCUGGAGAGUUCGGAGCCCUUCAGACGGUCCGCCUGGGGUCUUACAAGGCCUUCUACGUCAGCGGCGGAGCCAAAGCCUGUGAUGGGGACGUCGGACGGGAGCAGCAUCAUGACCCUCCCCUUAUUUUUAACCUGGAAGAUGAUGUUGCAGAAGCUGUGCCUCUAGAUAGAGGUAGCGCCGAAUACCAGGGCGUCCUGCCCAAGGUCAGAGAGAUUCUUGCAGAUGUUCUUCUAGACAUUGCUGGGGACAACACCUCCAGAGCGGAUUACACUCGCCAUCCUUCGGUGACCCCCUGCUGCAAUCCCCACCACGUCGCCUGCCGUUGCCAAGCCACCGGAUGGACCGAUUUCCCCACAGGCAGAUGUUAG